UUGCGACGAUUUAACAGAAUUAUGCCUUGGAUUAGAAUAACAAAAUCCCACCAUCAUGGCCUGAUGAUCUCAGCUGCUCUUACAUCUUCGGCAGUAUACUAUCUAUAUAGGGAAGAGCAUCGGUCGGAGGUUUACAUCAAAAAUGGAAACCAAAGGUGUGGCUCACGCUCUACGCAAUGCAAUCCAAUCAUCCCCUCAGUCAGCAGUCUGUUGAACCCUCCCCCGCUGAAGAAUCGUCGAUCCUCUUCCCCAAGCGGGAGCCAAGGCUGUGGCUUACUGCCUUACGAUGUCUUGCGAGUCCCGCUUGGGAGGGCCUGUUCUGCUAUUGUUCAUCCCAACUCGGGCCUAUCAAUACCGAGAGCAUCAGUUGAGCCACUGCAUGUCGUAGAAUUCUCCAUGUCCGAUGAUAUUUUAAGCUUGCCGCGUAGUAGAUGGUGUAGUAGAUGGUGCGUCGAUGCCCCUCGUGAGUGGUGCAUGUAUGUUUCUCUCUGCCACUCGACUCAACCCGUGAUUGCUCCGCUCCACCUAUCGGCCGAUGUACAUACACACACCGCCGACACACUACACCCAAAUGUUGAAUCUCCGGGUGAUUACAUCACUGCAGCACUGGGGCAUAAUAAGCGACGAUAAUAUUAACUGUCUCUCGCUCUGACAAAUAGCCAUUCCAGAAGGUCCCACCUCAGUCCCUCCGGCUGAGCUGCAUGUCUCGACGGAAUGGAAGGGCAGACUAGGCUUAGGUACGUAGUAAACAGGUUUGAUCUCGCGUCUGUGCGUCCAAGUAUCGAUCACCGCGAUCACCAGCUUCAGACAAUA